AUGCCUGCCAUUGAUAUCAACAAAGACCUCUCCGCCCUCUUCAUACAACAGGUCCAGGCUACCCCCGAUGCCGUUGCACUGGAAGAUGAGACAACCACUUAUACAUACGCUGAGCUAGACAAGGAGGUUAGUGAGCUAGCCGCUCGUCUCCGUCGUUACGGCGUCAGUCGAGACAGUCUAGUCGGUGUGCUUCUGCCGCGGAGUGCUCACUAUGUGAUUACCUGCCUCGCCGCACUCCGUGCUGGAGGCGCUUUUCUUGUACUGGAGCUUGCCUACCCUCCUGAUCUCUUGGCCGAUGUGGUCGAAGAUGCAAACCCGGCUGUAGUGGUCACCUAUAGGGCUGAGGUCGGUAAGAUCAAAGCCGGGGUGCCGGUCAUCGUUCUCGAUGAGCCGCCGGUAGAAGCCAAUGGAUAUGCGAAGGAGCCGGCUCCCUUGCCUGCUGACGAUGACUUGGACCGACUUGCCUUUGUGUCGUACUCGUCCGGUACGACUGGCAAGCCCAAAGGAAUUGCAAACCCCCACCGGGCCCCAGUGCUCUCGUACAACCUCAGAUUCGGAGUUCAAGACGUUCAACCCGGAGAUCGCGUGGCCUGCAAUGUGUUCUUCAUCUGGGAAAUCUUACGUCCACUUUUGCGAGGAGCUACGGUCGUCGCAGUGCCGGAUGAAGUGAGCUAUGAUCCUGCCGCACUCGUCGAGCUUCUUGCUUCCAAGCAUAUCACCGAGACGCUUAUGACACCCACACUCCUGGCUACCGUCCUGUCUCGCCAUCCAAAUCUAGGAGAUGAGCUUCCAGACUUACGCGUCUUGUGGUUCAACGGCGAGGUGGUCACAGCCGAUCUAGCCCGUCGAUCUAUCAAGGCCCUUCCAAAGACACGCCUGCUCAACUGUUACAGUGCUUGUGAGACCCAUGAGAUAGCUUGUGGAGAUAUUCGGGAUAUGCUCGACAAUGAAGCCUCGUAUUGUCCUGUUGGUCCGCCUUUGGACCCCAAGCAUACUUAUAUUCUCGACGAGAGCGGCAACAGAGUGGAAGAUGGCGUGAGUGGGGAGCUCUUCAUCGGUGGUCCUUUACUAGCCCGGGGAUACCUCAACCUUCCUGAAACUACUGCCAAGGCCUUUACACCCGAUCCAUUUGAUACCACACCAGGGGCCCGUAUGUACAGAACUGGAGAUGGAGCGAGACUGCUGCCCUCGGGCCUCCUUGAGAUCACUGGUCGCGUUGGGGCUAUGAUCAAACUCCGUGGUUACUCUGUGGUGCCAGGAAAGGUCGAAAAUGAGAUUGUCAAGCAUUUAGCUGUCAGCCGAUGUGCAGUAGUUGCCCAUGGUGAAGGUCUGGAAAAGCAAUUGGUUGCGUAUAUUGUCCGCGAGAAGGAUGGUGCUGGGGGCCGUCCCGCGGUAGAGAUUGACGAGUCAGGACACAGUCCAGCUGCGCGUCGCGUUCUGUCACCAUAUCUUGCACAUUACAUGAUCCCAGCUCUAUGGGUUGAACUGGAUGAGUUGCCUACUCAUGAUGUCUCUGGAAAGGUGGAUCUCAAACGCCUUCCUCCACCACGCAUCACUACCCCGGUCAAUGGUAAUGGCCAGAAGCACGAUCCGAUUGGCAUUGAUGACAUUGCUGCAGCUUGGGCAGCGGUUCUCAAGACAUCAAAAACUCUGCUGAAACCGACCGAUAACUUCUUCGACGUGGGUGGACACUCUUUGUUGCUUGCGGAUCUGUCUUCUAGGCUAUCGAGAGAUUUUGGCUUCCGCAUUCCUAUCCCUCGUCUCGCAGAGAAUUCAACCAUUGCUGGCCAUCUGGAAACGGUGCGUGCUGUGAGGGAUGGACACGCUGCAGCGGUGCAAGCAGACCUCCCUGCGGUACUACGUGCGGAUUCUACUCUUGAUGACGAUAUCAGACCAUCCUCUGGUGUCACGAUACGCUCAGUUAACAAAGCAAACACGGUGCUUCUCACCGGUGUCACUGGAUAUUUGGGCGCUUUCCUACUCAACGACCUGCUGCAAAACACCUCUGCUCAUAUUGUAUGCCUUGUGCGUUUUAAUGAACCUACAAAUGACGACCAGCCUGGAGGAAUUGCCAGGCUACGAAGAAACCUGCUUGACCUAGGGCUCUGGAGCGAUGCGAUCAUGGAACGCGUCGAGAUCCUCCCAGGAAACUUGUCUCGACCCCGUUUCGGUCUCUCAACGGAAGCGUUCGAAGAGCUCGCUUCUCGCGUUGAUGUCAUCAUCCACGCAGCUGCCACAGUCAACCUUGUGUAUCCAUAUGCUGCAUUGCGUGGUGCGAACGUUGGUGGAACAAAAGAGAUUCUCCGCUUGGCUUGCAAAGGCGACGCAACGGUGCAAUACGUGUCCACAAACGGUGUUCUGCCGCCGUCUGGGGAGAAAGGCUGGCCCGAAGAUACCAUAUUGGACAUUGAGGACGUCCCAACAAAGUUGCUCGAUGGCUAUGGCCAGACCAAGUGGGUGGCGGAGCAGCUCGUCCUCGAGGCCGGCCGUCGCGGACUGCCGGUGAAGAUACACCGAGCAGGAACCAUUAGCGGCCACAGUCUCACUGGUGCUGCCAAUGCGUGGGAUCUGCUCACGGCAUUGAUCGUAGAAUCGAUCCAAAUUGGUCAUGCUCCCGAUGUGAAAGGCUGGCGUGCUGAGAUGACACCGGUGGACUUUGUCAGCAAAGCCAUCGUCCACCUUGCCGGCCAAACUCAUGCAGAACAAACUAUCUUUCACCUCGGUGAUCCAGACCCUGUAGACACCCGAUCGGUCUUCGAGGACCUUGCAGAGCUUGGCUACCCGACACAGAGGAUCGGAUGGGAUGAAUGGGUUGCACUCUGGACCGAGAAAAGAGGCUCUGUGAAGGGCGGCGACGGCGCAUUUACCGUCGACAUCCUUCGCAGCGGUAUGCCGAGCGUUGAGUUUCUCCGGGGAAUUGUUGUCCUCGACAAUGCAGCGACCAGGCCUUUCCGUACGGUCGUUGAACGGCCCAAGGUGGACAAGGUCUUGCUCGAGACUUACACGCGCCACUGGUUUGCCAGAGGUUGGCUACCGCACCCUCCUUCACGUCAGCAUGCCCUCGGAGGAUCUGCAAAGCCCAUCACCAGAGGUCCCUUAAGCGGACGUGUGGCAGUUAUAACGGGCGCGUCUUCUGGCAUUGGCGAGGCAGUUGCUGUGGCUUUGGCGAAAGAAGGAUGCCACAUAGCGCUCGCAGCUCGGCGAUUGGACGCUCUCGAAGCUGUCAAGCGCCGGCUAGUGGUCCGCGAAGGUAAGGUCAUCAUCCGGAAAACAGACGUUACGGACAAGGCGCAGGUAGACGCCCUCAUCCGUGCUGCGAACGACGAGCUUGGCCCUGUCGAUAUUCUCGUCUCCUGUGCUGGAGUCAUGUACUUCACCAUGAUGGCCAACACGCAGACAGAGGAGUGGGAGCGUACUGUGGAUGUCAACUGCAAGGGUCUCCUUCACUGUCUGGCUGCCACAGUGCCAGACAUGAUCUCGCGUAAGAGCGGCCACAUCGUCGCCAUCUCGUCCGACGCAGGACGUAAGGUCUUCCCCGGAUUGGGCGUUUACUCGGCGAGCAAGUUCUUUGUUGAGGCAACGCUUCAAUCACUGCGUCUCGAGACAGCGGGAACAGGCUUGCGUGUGACCAGUGUCCAGCCAGGCAACACGGCUACGGACCUGCUGGGAAUGUCCACUGACGCUGAGGCUAUCAAGAAAUAUGGCGAGCCGUCGGGUGCGAAGAUCCUCGACCCAGAAGAUGUUGCGAACUCGAUCGUUUACGCGCUACGCCAACCCCCGCAUGUUGCAGUCAACGAAGUCCUGAUCGAACCCCGGGACGAGCCGAUAUAG